AUGAAAAGUAAAGAUUUACAAACGCUCGUAUUUUCUAAGUACCAAAAUGGCGAUGAACCGCACAAGAUUUUUGAAGAUCUCAGUGGUUCCGUUAGUCUUCCGACCAUUGAACGAUGGUGCAGGAGCAUUCGACAGACUGGCUGUAUCGCUCUGUCCAAAUCAACCGGUCGUCCAAAAACAAUCCGAACGAAGGCAGCCAUUCAAAAGGUCAAGCGUCGGCUGAAUAAGCGAAAGUCUGUCUCAUCUCGGAAAUUAGCCCGUGAAGUGAGUAUUUCUCAAACGAAUAUAGGGAGAAUACUCAAGGAUGAUCUAGGACCCCAUGCCUACAAAGUGCAAAAUGAACCAAUGCUCACUGAUGAGCAUAAAGAAAGAAGAAUCCAAUUUGCUAAUUGGAUACGAAACAACUUCCGAAAAGAAGACACGACGAGAAUUCUGUUUUCUGACGAGAAGAUGUUCGACAUUGAUGGAGUUUAUAACUCUCAAAAUGAUCGUAUCUGGGCGGUUGAUCGUUCAGAAGCCGAUAUCAAAGAUGGUACUCGACAAAAACGUAAAUUUCCGCAAAAGAUUAUGGUUUGGCUCGGAGUUUGUUCUAAAGGUGUAUCACCUUUAGUGAUUUUCGAGAAUGGGACAGUCGAUCAUGAUCGAUACAUCAAAGAAGUGCUUCCGAUCGCUCUCAAGCUCGGCAAUGACAUGUUCGUGAACGAUUGGACCUUCCAACAAGAUGGUGCAAGGCCACACACCCAUGCAAAAUCGCAAGAAUGGUGUGCUAAACACUUUCCGUCGUUCAUUGACAAGGACCAUUGA